CUUGUCUCUUGUCUUGUCUGUCUAGUGCUUUGUCUAUGGCCAACCUACCUGUCAUGUCAGUCAAGUUAAUUAUUUUUGUUAAAGUAGUCAAAAUAGUUGUUAGGUACCUACUAAAUUUCCGAGUAGUCUUGAUUCUAGUAGCGUCUAAAUAUUUACUUAGAAUAUAAGGAUACAAUAAGUGCACUGUGCAGUCAGAACUAAUCAACAUAGCUUCCAAUUAUCUGCGAAAUGUUUGUGUAUAUUAUCAUCGCUGUGGUUCGAGUUCCUAAAUGGCGUGGAUGUUAUGACCAGUAGCGAACAGUGGUGGUAGUUAGUUUUGUGUGAAAAUGUACCCUAAUCCUGAAUUGAAAGUUGUGGACGCUGUAACACUGAAAGUUUAAAAAAAAUCAAUCAAACAGUUUAAAUGACUUAGUGAGUGAUGUCUUCGGUGCACUGUGUGGUGGUGUGGGAGUGGCAGUGCAGUGGGCAAUGGUUGCCUCACACUCCGGGUGUCACGCGCACACUGGAGCGCGCACAUGCCAAGAAGCUCACCCGAGUAGUGCUAGCUGAUGCUGACCCUGCUCUCAAGGGACACUAUGUCAACCUCAGAACUCUGACACAGAGUGUGGAUACUCCAGAGGGUGGGUCUGUGGAGUGUCGCGUGCGUCGCUCGUGCUACAGCGUGACGUCCCCGGCGGGGCGCGGCCUGCGCUGGGAGUGGGCGCGCUUCGUGACCCCGCCACUCGGGGGCGAACUUAACUACGAGCCACUGCCAGUCGAGGUGCAAUGCCUGCUGGAAGAGUCGUGGUCAGGCAAUGGCGAGCAGGUGUCGUUCGACGGCUGGGUGGCUUCCGUGUCGCGGAUGACGGCGCGUGGCGGGGGCGCGGGCGCGGGCGGGGCGGGGGGCGUGGCCCUACUGCGGCGCGGUCCGCAGCCCCCGUACCCACUGACCCGGCCCGCGCCCCCGCACCCGCCACCACCACCAGAUCGGCCGCUCGAAGGUAAGAUCUGUCGUCGACCGCGUAUCCCUCAGCAGCACACGGGGUCUAGCGUGCACUCGGUGCAGUCGGUGCACUCCGUCCACUCGCUGCACUCCCUGCAGGCCAGCCAGGCGAGCCAGACCAGCGCCACCAUGCCCCGGCAGGGGGCGCGCAGUGCCUCGCCGCGGGACCGAAAGCCUGGCCUAGCGCGCCAGAUACUGCACAACUUGAAUAUAUUCAGCCACAGCAAGCAGACGGCGGAGAGCCGGCCCCGCGCCGCGGCCGACAGCCGGGCGGAUGGAGACGGCGGGCGGGCCGGCAGGCGGGGCGGCGCGGCGGGCGGCGGACGGGCCGCGUCCGGCGAGCGCGCGGCCGACACGGACUGCAGCAGCACGCGGUCGGGGCGCCGCCACAGCGUCGACACCGUCUCCACGUACCUCAGCCACGAGAGCAAGGACAGUCUGCAGCAAACGUCAGUGGGCGAGCUUUUGAACUGUAGCGGUAGCAGUAGUGAUGAUGUGUUCGAGGAGGGGGAGGCCUCGUUGGCCCCGGCCCCCGCCCCGCCCGCGCCUCCCGACAUGCCUACUUCCGAUGGCAGCAUCGUGGGAGUGGACGAGGCGUCGGCGGCGGUGUGUGUGUGGGUGCGCGCGGAGGCGUGUCCCCAGUGGGGGGCGCUGUGCCCGGCGUGCAUGAGGUCGCUGGAGGAGGGCGCGGCGGAGGGCGGCGCGGGGCCGUGCGUGGCGCUGACGGGGUGCGGGCACAUGGUGCACCUGGCGUGCCUCAACCGGCGCCUGGAGCGGCUGCGCGCGGCCGGCGCGCCGCUCUACAUCGACUGCCUCGUCUGCGGCCGCGUCUACGGCCGCCCGCCGGGGGCGCAGCCGCCCGGCAGCAUGGCCUGGACGCUGCAGGCCGCCGCGCUGCCGCAGCACCCGCCCUGCUCGUCCUCCAUCCUCGUCACCUACAACUUCCAGUCGGGGCUGCAGGGCCCGCAGCACCCGGUGCCGGGCGCUCCGUACUACGCGGUGGGGUUCCCGCGGUACACGGUACUGCCUGACACUCCGCUCGGCCAUCAGGUGCUGCAGGCGCUGCGCGCGGCGUGGGAGCGCGGCGUGCUGUUCACGGUGUGCGCGUCGCAGACGACCGGCCGCGAGCACGUCGUGGCGUGGCGCGCGCCCCCGCCCCCCGCCGCGCCCCACCACUACGCGCCCCCCGCGCGGCCCCACCAUCUGCUGCGCGACGCGCUCGCAAGACUGCGCGCCCUGCUGCCCUCACCUGUGCCCAUGCCUGCGUCCGCCUCGCUACUCUGACCUCUAAAACAACACUAAUCUACCAAUGGACUGCAUGAAGGUAUCACGCAACCAUGCAACACUAAAUAACUGACUCUACACUGUUAUAGCUAUAAAAUUAUUACAUCCAUUUGUAACGAAACAUUUAAAACAAGUAAGAAUAGGAAUAAUGAUAAAACGAUGCGAAUAUAAAUGAAUUUUGUAUAAUUGUAAUGAUUGCAAUGAUAAUUUCAAACGUUGAACGAAAAUGAAUUAAUUAAAACAAUUAAUUUAUAAAAUAAUUGUCCCCUAAAAGAAAUUUUAGAUACACUCGAAUAGUAAAUUUACGAACUAGAAAAGUACGUUUACUGUUAAAUAAUAUUCAAUUAAAAAAUGUAAAUCAGUGCCUUAUAUAAACAUUAUGUGUAUAAGUCUGGAAUGACCAGUAUUUUAGGUAGCUACAAUCUUAUAAGAAACAUAUUUCCAUGUUAUGUUUUAUUAUGUACAUAUUUAUAUAUAUAAGCGCGACGUCUUCCAAACGAGGCAAUAAGACGAAAUGAGUCUUCCUUUAGUCGUAACAUUAUACUUGUAUUAUACAUAAGAGACUGAAAUAUAUCCAUUAUUGUAAUUAAUAAGUAUAAGUAUAUAUUGUUAUAGAAAAAUGUUCUGUUCAGUUUGAUAUAGUGACGAAUACACAAGUAACAAACUUAAUUAUCCAUUUGAGCGACAAUUUGGAUGACUAGCCGUUUGAAGGGGUUGUCGUAAAAACUAAUUUCCUACCAAAAUGGUAGAAAACAGAAAUCGAAUCACCAUCGCAAAUAAACAGAUAAACUAAACAGCGAUAUCAUAUAUUAAACAGAUAUGACUUGUAAUUGAAUGGCUUAUUCAACUAUUUGCAAAGCAAAGGCCUCUUCCCACAUCGAGAAGAGGCCUUUGCUUAGUAGUAAGCACUUUGAGCAUUAAUCACCAUGGUUGCUCAUGGCGGAUUGCCGAUAUUAAACUUAUAAAUAAAUAUUAUAAGUCCAGGUUUCCUCACAUUGUUUUCCUUCCUCGUAUAUCAGUGAUGUCUUUAUAAUCAUAGAAAAAGUCACAUCGGUACUUGCCAGGCACUUCUCUAAAAAUAUUGCAUUGUUGUUCAAUAUUCGUCACUUUAUAAAAUUGAAACAGUUUUAGUUAUACAAUACAUUGUUAAGUAAGUAGAAGUAUCUUGCCAGUUAGAAGGGUUAUACUGCCAGUACUGUUAGAGUGAUACUACCACGAAAACUCGAUAUAAUGUGACAUAGAUCUGAAGAGAUGUCCGUGGAUAUUCCACUUUUUUCGCCUUAGAAUAUUAUCCUGAUGAUGAUGAUGAUAGAUGACAGAUUGGCGAUGAAAAGUUACCUGGGGAAUAAUUAUGAUGCUGUCGCGUCAUAAUGUCUGUAAGACAAUUUUAUUCCUCAGAUGAAAUUUAUCUGACUAUUGAAAAAUCAGCCCUAAGUAUACCAAGGCGUAUUUUUGCUUAGACGCUUAAUGAUGUAGAAUGCUCUGCGCUGAACGGUUGUUUCCAUUUAUUAUAGUCAUAAUUUUAGGCACGGUUUCACCCGCUGCUCGGCUCCUAUCGGUCGUAGGGUUUUAUACCUUUCAGCCUUCUUCGAUAAAAGACCUAUCCAUACAGAUGUAUGUGUUUUGGAUCUAGUUCACCAAGGUGAGACGAGGACAACAAAAUCGUAGGAUUAAAUAGAAAACGACGAAACGAAUCUUAAAAAAUAUGUUUCAAUAACAAGGUUUAAUUUGGAAAUACCCUCUUCUAAGAGUUAGAUCAGUUUACAUUUGUUUAAAUUGGUGAUAUGCCGUAGGUGAACAAAGUGGAAUAUACCAUGUGUUUAUGUUUUAGAACGUAAAAACACAAUUGCACUUCCAUUCAUUGGUUUAAACAUAUGUUGUGUGUGAUGUGGAAUCUCGUACUAAAUUAGUAGAUGCCGUUUACCUCAUUACCAUUGUUUUGAUUCAGUUAACUAUAUUAUAAGUAUUUGUAACAAUGCGCAGCUGUCACACUCCGUGCCUUAUAGUUGUUAAGUUAGACUAGAAUAACUAUCUCCCUAGUACGGGUCUGAAGCAGAUGACUGCCUUUGAUAUAUUUGCAUAUUUUUACUAUUUUCGGUUGUAUGUAUUGUUGUAAUGCAUUGUCAAACAAUUUAUUUGCUAACCUGACUAAACAAAUACACACGAUAUUGUUCUCAAAUGUUUGUAAUACGUUACAUCUAUGUAUAGUUAUAUAACUGCCAUUGUAUGUCUUCCCACGUAAUGUAAUGUUCUUCCAAUGAGCUUUAUUAUAUUAAGACAUCGAAUAUUUACAAAUUAUAGAUUUAAGAUAUGUUAUACACUUAUGUAGGUUGCAAAGAAAUGACAUUAGUUAUAAUUGUUUAUGCUAAAAGCCCUCAGCGCGCGGUCCCUGUCCCGUGUCCCUAUAACUUACUGUUUGUGCGGGGAUAUGUUAGUGGAGGUCGCCGCGACCGCCACGUGUUGCCAUAUUGUAUAUAUGUAGUACAGACGACAGACGACGUCUGCUUGCCAAAGCCAAACAAACUGACAGCAAACUGGAAUUUAUGUAACUACGUGUAAUAUUUACAUUGGGACCGAGAGAUACUAUAUUGUUUCAUAAUUAUACG